CAUCGUAAGAUGAAUUGCAUAAUUUAUGCCGUAUUGUUUCUGUGUUUCUACGCCAAUGUGGUUACUGUCGAGGCCGAACCAGAACAAAUCAAGGCGAGUAGUUACCUUAUCGAGAAGUGGAAGCAGUGGUAUAAACUAAACGAUUUUAACCAUGACGGAAUGCUAUCACUUGCUGAUCCUGUAUUGUUUGAGAAUUAUUUCAAAGGUCUUGACUACAUAAGUGAUCAACAACUGAAAAAUAUGACUAAAAGAAUGGACUGGAUAUGGAACACGAUUGUUCUAAAUAAUAACACUGACAUUUCUAAAGAUGACUUUGUAGACAUGAUGUCACAAAGAUAUGAAUCCGACAAAAUUGCCUUCUUUGAAUUAGUGCGCAUGUACAUAACAGAAUGGUGCGGCGUGAUAGACUUAAACAAGGACAAUUCACUUUCAAAAAGUGAAUUACUGAUGGACAUGGUUGCCGGAGGACACAAUGAUAUAACGAAAGACGAGGACUUAUUCUAUAGCUUUCAACCUAGAAACGAUCAGAUUCCUGUCCAUAAGAUGAUCACGAGCUUUAUUCGUUUUGCAACAGAGGACGUUGAGUCAAAAUCCGAUAUUUUCAAAAACGCAUUAGAUUCUGGAGUUUAGAUAACAUUUGUUAUUUCACUGAUCUUUUCUUUUAGUUUUCAUUGAAAGAUUAAAAGCAAA